UUCAUUCACUCACUCAUUCACUUUUGCAAAAUCGACUGCUCCGGCUGGCCACCAGCCGUAUUUUAUUCCUAUUUAUUGAUUGCUAAAACUAAAGGAAACUCCCGCAAAACAUCAUGGGAGACUCCUUAGACGGGAGCGAAAACGCUCCGGAGGCGCAAAACGUUGUCGCGGUUGACUUUCAAGACUUCGCCAACUAUUUGCGCAGAGCUGCAACGGUACUUUUACCUGAAGAUGACAUUGUUCCACCGGCACUGAAUGCUGCCUUGGAAGAAAAAGUUAACCAAGACUGCAUCAAAAAGUUUAUCGCGGACCCUCAAGUCUCGGCUUUGUACGUCCAGCGAUUCUCUUCAAAAGAAGAUGACAGUGAGCAGCCCACUGAAGGUGAGGAGGAGAAGGAAGCUGUCAGCUACCAGAUCAACAAUGAGGUGCACUUCACUUCACCUCGAGUGGCUGCGUUUGUCUGCAUCAAGCGAGGGGCCGUCAUCGAAGCUGACAAGUCCAUCCACAGUCAGAUCCGUCUCAUCAACUUGUCCGACGGUUCUCCGUACGAAACCCUCCAUGCGUUCAUCAGCAAGACCAUGGCUCCUUUCUUCAAGAGCUAUGUGAAGGAGAGUGGCAGGGCUGAUAGAGACGGAGACAAGAUGGCCCCCUCGGUGGAGAAGAAGAUAGCGGAGCUGGAGAUGGGGCUACUGCAUCUGCAGCAGAACAUCGACAUCCCGGAGAUCACGCUGCCUGUGCACCCGCUAGUGGCCGCUGUCAUCAAGAGGGCCGCUGACGAGGGACGGAAGCCACGCGUGGCUGACUUCGGUGAUAAAGUGGAAGACUCGACAUUCCUCAACCAACUGCAGAACGGCGUCAAUCGAUGGAUCAAGGAAAUCCAAAAGGUCACCAAAUUGGAUAGAGAUCCGUCGAACGGGACCGCCCUGCAGGAAAUAUCGUUCUGGCUGAACCUUGAAAGAGCCCUACAUCGGAUUCAGGAGAAAAGGGAAAGUAUUGAGGUGGCGCUAACACUCGAGAUCCUCAAGUACGGCAAGCGUUUCCAUGCGACCGUGUCCUUCGACACCGACACCGGCUUGAAGCAAGCUCUCGCCACCGUCUCAGAUUACAACCCUCUGAUGAAGGACUUCCCGAUUAACGACUUGCUGAGCGCUACUGAGCUUGAGAGGAUCAGGUUGGCAGUCCAGCAGAUCUUCUCCCACCUGCGCAAGAUCCGCUCCACCAAGUACCCGAUCCAGCGCGGCCUGCGCCUCGUCGAGGCCAUCUCCAGGGACCUCGGGCAACAACUGCUGAAGGUCCUCGGCACCCGUCGUCUGAUGCACAUCCCGUUCGAAGACUUCGAGCGCGUCAUGAACCAGUGCUUCGAGGUGUUCUCCUGCUGGGACGACGAGUAUGAGAAACUGCAGGGACUGUUGCGAGACAUAGUGAAGAAGAAGCGCGACGAGCACCUCAAGAUGGUGUGGCGGGUCUCUCCCUCUCACAAGCGGCUUCAAGCACGCUGCGAGCACAUGAGGCGCUUCCGCCGCCACCACGAGCAACUCAGGACCGUCAUGUUGAGGGUGCUCCGUCCCAGAGCCACGGUGGUGGCGGGCGACGCGGGCGACGGCAACGAGACCGCGCAGCCGCACUCGCUGCCCAUGGACGCCGCUGAUGCCAACGCCAUCGCUGAGGUGAACUUGGCAUACGAGAACGUGAAAGAGGUGGACUGCCUGGACAUCUCGCGUGAAGGCUGCGACGCAUGGGAGGCGGCCGUGCGCCGCUAUGAGGACAGGAUCGACCGUGUCGAAACCCGAAUCACGGCGCACCUGCGCGACCAACUAGGCACAGCUAAAAACGCCAACGAGAUGUUCCGCAUCUUCUCCCGGUUCAACGCGCUGUUUGUGCGUCCACACAUCCGCGGCGCCAUCAGAGAAUACCAGACGCAGCUCAUACAGCGAGUGAAGGACGACAUCGAGGCGCUGCAUGAGAAGUUCAAGGUGCAAUACCCUCAAUCGAAGUGCAGUCGCCUAUCCCUGGUGCGUGACUUGCCACCGGUGGCUGGCUCCAUCAUCUGGGCCAAACAGAUCGACCACCAACUCACUGCCUACCUGAAGAGGGUUGAAGACGUGCUUGGUAAAGGCUGGGAGAACCAUAUCGAAGGUCAGAAGCUGAAGGCUGACGGUGACAGCUUCCGACUCAAGCUCGACACGCAGGAAGUCUUCGAUGAUUGGGCUCGAAAGGUACAACAACGCAACCUGGGAGUUUCCGGCCGAAUAUUCGCCAUCGAAUCUGUUCGCGCUCGCACGAGCAAGACGGGCACUAUUCUCAAGCUGAAGGUUAACUUUUUGCCUGAAAUUAUCACCCUGUACAAGGAAGUGCGGAACUUGAAGAACUUGGGCUUCAGAGUCCCAUUGGCCAUCGUCAACAAAGCUCACCAAGCAAACCAGCUGUAUCCAUUCGCAAUCUCGCUUAUUGAAAGCGUCCGCACUUAUGAACGCACCUUGGAAAAGAUUCGCGACAAAGCGUCCAUUAUCCCGCUGGUCGCGGGCCUCCGUCGCGACGUGCUCAACCAGGUGUCCGAGGGUAUGGCUCUGGUGUGGGAGUCGUACAAACUGGACCCGUAUGUGCAGAGGUUGAGCGAGGUGGUGCUGCUGUUCCAGGAGAAGGUGGAAGACCUCCUAGCAGUAGAAGAGCAGAUCUCCGUGGACGCUCGCUCUUUGGAAACCUGCCCCUACUCCGCCACCAGCCUGGCGGACAUACUGAGUCGCCUGCAGCGAGCCAUCGACGAGCUGUCGCUGCGGCAGUACAGCAACCUGCAUCUGUGGGUGCAGCGGCUGGACGAAGAGGUGGAGAAGAGCCUAGCGGCUCGUCUGCAGUCCGGCGUGGAGGCGUGGACCAUGGCCCUGCUGGGGAAGGCCAACGAGAUGGACCUCUCUAUGGACACCUACUCGCCCGCCGAACCGACUCAUAAGCCUGGUGGCGAACCUCAGAUCGCCCGAGUGGUCCACGAAGUCCGCAUCACGAACCAGCAGAUGUACCUGUUCCCGUCGCUGGAGGAGGCUCGCUUCCAGCUGAUGCGGCAGAUGUUCGCGUGGCAAGCCGUCGUCACCAGCCAGCAGCGCCUGCAGAGCACUAGAUACCAAGUGGGCGUGGCGCGCGCCCAAGCCGCCACCUACCGGAAUCUUCUGACGAAACUGCCCGGAGGUUCCUCGCCAUUGGAGAACGCGUACGACGCGAUCGAACAGAAGAUAUCGCAAGUGCGCGAAUACGUUGACGAGUGGCUUCGUUACCAAGCCUUGUGGGAUCUGCAGCCUGAAAGCCUGUACGGCCGUCUUGGGGAGGACAUCACCCUAUGGAUGAAAUGCCUGAACGAUAUCAAAAAGUCCCGCACAACAUUCGACACAUCCGACACUCGUCGAGAAUACGGGCCAGUCGUCAUCGACUUCGCUCGUGUCCAGAGUAAAGUGGCGUUGAAAUACGACGCGUGGCACAAAGAGGUGCUGGGCAAGUUCGGGGCCCUGUUGGGAGGCGAGAUGGUGCAGUUCCACGGCCAGUUAGCUAAGAGCAGGACGCAGUUGGAGCAGCAGACUAUUGAGGCGGCCUCCACCAGCGACGCCGUCUGCCUGAUCACAUACGUGCAGCAGCUGAAGCGCGAGGUGCUCGCGUGGGAGAAGCAAGUCGACACCUACAGGGAGGCGCAGCGCAUAUUGGAGAGGCAACGCUUCCAGUUCCCAGCGCAAUGGCUGCACGUGGACAACAUCGAGGGCGAAUGGAGCGCGUUCAAUGAGAUCAUGCGCAGGAAGGACUCUUCUAUCCAGACUCAGGUCGCAUCACUCCAACAAAAGAUCGUAGUCGAAGACAAGGCGGUCGAAAGCCGUACAGUCGAGUUCUUGGCCGAAUGGGAGCGAAGCAAGCCGACUGACGGCUCCACCCGGCCUGAAGAUGCCCUAGGAAGACUGCAGGCCAUGGAGGCUAGAUACACCAAGCUGAAGGAUGAAAGGGAUAAUGUGGCUAAAGCUAAGGAGGCACUUGAGUUGCAUGAUACUGGUAUCUCGGCCAACAACGAGCGUAUGACGGUAGCACUAGAAGAGCUGCAAGACUUGCGUGGGGUGUGGUCAUCACUCAGCAAGAUCUGGACGCAGAUUGAUGAUAUUAGAGAGAAGCCGUGGCUCUCCGUGCAGCCCAGGAAACUCAGGCAACAGCUGGAGGCGAUGUUGAACGAACUGAAGGAACUCCCGGCGCGUCUGCGCAUGUAUGACAGCUACGAGUACGUGCGAAAACUGCUGCAGUCUUACACGAAGGUGAACAUGCUGAUCGUGGAGCUCAAAUCCGACGCGCUGAAAGAGCGUCACUGGCGGCAACUGUGCCGCGCGCUGCGCGUGGACUGGGCUUUAUCCGAGCUGACGCUGGGCCAGGUGUGGGACGCGGACCUGUUGCACAACGAGCACACCGUGAAGGACGUGGUGCUGGUGGCGCAGGGCGAGAUGGCGCUCGAGGAGUUCUUGAAGCAGGUCCGCGAGUCAUGGCAGAGCUACGAGCUGGACCUGAUCAACUACCAGAACAAGUGCAAGAUCAUCCGCGGCUGGGACGACCUGUUCAAUAAGGUCAAGGAGCACAUCAACAGUGUCGCUGCUAUGAAACUGUCGCCGUAUUAUAAGGUAUUCGAAGAGGAAGCGCUAACAUGGGAAGAGAAGUUGAACCGUAUCAACGCUCUAUUCGACGUCUGGAUCGACGUGCAACGCCGCUGGGUGUACCUCGAAGGCAUCUUCAGUGGCUCAGCUGAUAUCAAGACCCUACUGCCUGUUGAGACGUCGCGGUUCCAGAGUAUAAGCUCGGAAUUCCUCGGCCUCAUGAAGAAAGUCAGCAAGUCCCCGAUGGUGAUGGACGUGGUGAACAUACCGGGCGUGCAGAGAGCCCUGGAGCGCCUCGCCGACCUGCUCGGAAAAAUACAGAAGGCUCUAGGGGAGUACUUGGAGAGGGAGAGGAGCAGCUUCCCUAGAUUCUACUUCGUGGGUGACGAAGACUUGCUCGAAAUCAUCGGCAACAGCAAAAACAUCGCGCGUCUACAGAAGCACUUCAAGAAGAUGUUUGCUGGUGUCGCGGCCAUCAUACUCAACGAGGAUAAUACUGUUAUCAAUGGUAUCGCCUCGAGGGAGGGUGAAGAGGUGUACUUCAUAACCCCAGUCUCAACCGUCGAGAACCCCAAGAUCAACUCGUGGCUGUCUAUGGUCGAGCGAGAGAUGAGAGUGACACUCGCGUGUCGUCUGAAAGAUGCUGUCGGUGACGUGAAGCAGUUCAAGGAUGGAAAUGUUGACCCGCAGAAGUUUAUUGAUUGGUGCGAUAAGUAUCAGGCUCAAAUAGUCGUGCUAGCAGCCCAAAUCCUCUGGUCGGAAGACGUGGAGGCGGCGCUGACGGGCGGCGCGGCGGGCGCCUUACAGCGAGUGUUGCAACACGUGGAGAACAUGCUCAACAUACUGGCGGACUCGGUGCUGCAGGAGCAGCCGCCGCUCAGACGCAGGAAGCUGGAGCAUCUGAUCAACGAGUUCGUCCACAAGCGUACAGUCACCCGCCGCCUGAUCGCGUCGGACGUCAACAGCCCGCGCUCCUUCGAGUGGCUGUGUGAAAUGAGGUUCUACUUCGACCCGAGGAACGCUGAUGUGCUACAGCAGCUCACGAUCCACAUGGCGAACGCCAAGUUCCUAUACGGCUUCGAGUACCUCGGAGUUCAAGACCGGCUAGUGCAGACCCCUCUGACGGAUAGAUGCUACUUAACCAUGACGCAGGCGUUGGAGGCCAGGCUUGGCGGGUCGCCUUUCGGCCCCGCCGGCACAGGCAAGACGGAGUCGGUGAAGGCGCUCGGCAACCAGCUCGGCCGCUUCGUGCUCGUGUUCAACUGCGACGAGACCUUCGACUUCCAGGCCAUGGGGCGGAUCUUUGUGGGCUUGUGUCAGGUCGGCGCAUGGGGUUGCUUCGACGAGUUCAACCGUCUAGAGGAGCGGAUGCUGUCGGCCGUGUCCCAGCAGGUGCAGACCAUCCAGGAGGCGCUCAAGAGUCACCAGGAACAGGACAACAACCCUGUAUCUCAAGCCAAAUCAAUCACAGUCGAACUAGUAGGAAAACAAGUCCGAGUCAGCCAAGACAUGGCCAUCUUCAUUACCAUGAACCCUGGGUACGCGGGGCGGUCCAACCUGCCCGACAACCUGAAGAAGCUGUUCAGAAGCCUCGCGAUGACGUCACCAGAUAGACAGCUGAUCGCCGAGGUGAUGCUGUUCAGCCAAGGGUUCAGGACUGCCGAGAAGCUGGCCUGCAAAAUUGUGCCGUUCUUCAAGCUGUGUGACGAGCAGCUGUCGAACCAAUCCCACUACGACUUCGGUCUGCGAGCGCUCAAGUCCGUGCUCGUAUCCGCUGGUAACGUGAAACGUGACCGCAUCCAGAAAAUCAAGGAGAACCUUCUAGAGCGCGGUACUCAAGAAGCGGACGAAGCGUCAAUAGCCGAAUCUCUGCCGGAACAAGAUAUUCUGAUCCAGUCGGUGUGUGAGACCAUGGUGCCUAAAUUGGUAGCCGAGGAUAUCCCGCUUCUGUUCUCACUGCUGAAUGACGUGUUCCCUAAUGUUGGCUACACUAGGGCUGAGAUGACAGGUCUCAAGAACGAGAUCCGGGCGGUCUGUGCUGAGGAAUUCCUUGUUUGCGGUGAAGGCGAUGAGCAUGGAGCAACUUGGAUGGACAAGAGGCGGAGCGCGGCAUCGCGAGCCACCCACAGCACAUGGAUCGGCAAGGUGCUGCAACUGUACCAGAUAUGCAAACUGAACCACGGUCUGAUGAUGGUCGGACCCUCAGGAAGUGGCAAGUCUACCGCUUGGCGAGUGCUGCUGAAGGCUUUGGAAAGAUAUGAAGGCGUAGAAGGAGUGGCACACGUCAUCGAUCCUAAAGCGAUGUCCAAGGAAACAUUAUACGGAGUUCUGGACCCCAACACCAGGGAGUGGACCGAUGGGCUGUUCACGCAUAUACUGAGAAAAAUAAUCGACAACGUCCGCGGCGAGAUCAACAAGCGUCAGUGGAUAAUAUUCGACGGCGACGUGGACCCCGAGUGGGUCGAGAACCUCAACUCGGUGCUGGACGACAACAAGCUGCUCACGCUGCCCAACGGCGAGCGGCUGUCGCUGCCGCCCAACGUGCGCGUCAUGUUCGAGGUACAAGAUCUGAAGUACGCCACUCUCGCCACGGUGUCCCGCUGCGGCAUGGUGUGGUUCUCGCAGGACGUGCUCACCACUGAGAUGAUCUUCGAAAACUAUAUCAUGAGGUUGCGCAACAUCCCUCUAGAAGAUGGCGAGGAGGAUUCCUUCAGCAUCGUGAUGGCCGCGCCGCAAGCCGGCCAAGACCAGAACGCUGUGGAGAAUAUACUGUCGCCUGCUCUACAGACGCAAAGAGAUGUAGCCGCCAUCUUACAACCCCUCUUCAACGGCGAUGGCCUAGUAGUCAAGUGUCUCGAGCGAGCGGUCUCGCUAGACCACAUCAUGGACUUCACCAGACAUCGUGCGCUCUCGUCCCUGCAUUCUAUGCUUAAUAGAGGCGUUAGAAACAUCCUAGCCUACAACCGGCAGCACCCAGACUUCCCGAUCACAAACGACCAGCUAGAAGCAUACGUGCCCAAGUGGCUGGUGUACUCACUGCUGUGGUCGUUCGCUGGAGACGCCAAGUUGAAGGACCGGAAUGAGCUGGGAGACUUCAUAAGGAGCGCUAGCACGAUGCCGCUGCCUAACUGCAGCCAGAAUAAUCAUAUUAUUGACUUUGAGGUGUCAAUAACCGGCGAGUGGGUGCCGUGGUCGGCCAAGGUGCCGCAGAUCGAGGUGGAGACGCACAAGGUGGCGGCGCCGGACGUGGUGGUGCCCACGCUCGACACGGUGCGCCACGAGGCGCUGCUGUACACCUGGCUGCAGGAGCACAAGCCGCUAGUGCUCUGCGGCCCUCCAGGUUCCGGCAAGACCAUGACGCUAUUCUCGGCGCUCCGAGCGUUACCAGACAUGGAGGUGGUGGGGCUGAACUUCUCCUCGGCCACCACGCCGGAGCUGCUGCUGAAGACCUUCGACCACUACUGCGAGUAUAGGAAGACGCCGAAUGGAGUCGUGUUGGCGCCUGUACAGUUGGGCAAAUGGCUAGUGCUAUUCUGCGACGAGAUCAACUUGCCCGACAUGGACCAGUACGGCACUCAGCGCGUCAUCUCGUUCCUUCGACAACUGCUAGAGCACAAGGGCUUCUAUAGAGCUAGCGACCACUCGUGGGUGUCCCUAGAACGCAUUCAGUUUGUAGGCGCUUGCAACCCGCCCACGGACCCGGGCCGCAAGCCGCUGUCGCACCGGCUGCUGCGGCACGUGCCCGUCAUCUACGUCGACUACCCCGGAGAGACUUCACUGGAACAGAUCUACGGCACAUUCACGCGUGCAAUGCUCCGUAUGCAGCCGGCGCUACGCGGCUACGCCUCACCCCUCACGCAGGCCAUGGUGCGGCUGUACCUGGCGUCGCAGGAGCGGUUCACGCAGGACAUGCAGCCGCACUACGUGUACUCGCCGCGCGAGAUGACGCGCUGGGUGCGCGGCAUCUGCGAGGCUAUACGACCACUGGACAACCUGACAGUGGAGGGGCUAGUGAGGCUGUGGGCACACGAAGCCUUGCGUCUGUUCCAGGACCGGCUCGUGGACGACGCCGAGCGCCAGUGGACCGACGAGAACAUCGACACGGUCGCCAUGCGCUUCUUCCCAGGCAUCAACCGCGAGCAGGCCCUAGGCCGCCCAAUUCUGUACAGCAACUGGUUGAGCAAAGACUACGUUCCUGUGCAGAGAGAUCAGCUGCGUGAAUAUGUGAAGGCUCGUCUCAAGGUGUUCUACGAAGAGGAGUUAGACGUGCCUCUAGUGCUAUUCGACGAGGUGCUAGAGCACGUGCUACGUAUCGACCGGAUCUUCCGACAGCCGCAGGGGCAUCUGCUGUUGAUCGGAGUGUCGGGGGCGGGCAAGACCACGCUCAGCAGAUUCGUGGCCUGGAUGAACGGGCUUACCAUCUUCCAGAUUAAGGUGCACAACAAAUACACGGGCGCAGACUUCGACGAAGACCUUCGUUCCGUCUUACGCCGCGCCGGAUGUCGCGACGAAAAGGUCGCCUUCAUACUGGACGAGUCUAACGUCCUGGACAGCGGCUUCCUGGAGCGAAUGAACACGCUGCUAGCUAACGGAGAGGUGCCCGGUCUAUUCGAAGGGGAUGAGUUUGCUGCUCUGAUGACGCAAUGUAAAGAGGGAGCUCAGAGGGAAGGACUUAUGCUGGACUCCAACGAUGAACUUUACAAAUGGUUCACGGGUCAAGUGAUGCGCAACCUGCACGUAGUGUUCACUAUGAACCCCUCGUCCGAAGGCCUGAAGGAUCGCGCGGCCACCUCGCCCGCGCUCUUCAACCGAUGCGUGCUCAACUGGUUCGGUGAUUGGAGCGACGGUGCAUUGUUCCAGGUCGGCAAAGAGUUCACAACGCGCAUGGACCUCGACAGUGCAGAGUACGUGGCCCCAGAGCUAUUCCCCGCUGCUUGCGGCGAAGUGGGAGCCAGACCGUCGCAUAGAGAGGCCGUGGUCAAUGCGUGUGUUUACGUGCAUCAGACGUUGCACCAGGCUAACGCUAGGCUGGCGAAGCGGGCUAACAGGACCAUGGCUAUUACUCCUAGACACUACUUGGACUUCAUCCAGCAAAUGGUGAAACUGUACUCGGAGAAGCGAGCUGACCUCGAGGAGCAGCAAUUGCACUUGAACGUCGGUUUGGGAAAGAUCGCCGAGACUGUGGAACAGGUCGAAGAGAUGCAGAAGAGCUUGGCUGUCAAGUCGCAGGAACUGCAAGCAAAGAAUGAAGCAGCUAACGCUAAGCUACGUCAAAUGGUCAAAGACCAACAGGAGGCUGAAAAGAAGAAAGUAGAGAGCCAAGAAAUUCAGGUUGCUCUCGAGAAACAAACAAAGGAGAUAGAGCUGAAGCGUCGUGACGUCAUGGCGGACUUGGCUCAGGUCGAGCCGGCCGUCAUUGAGGCGCAAAACGCUGUGAAGAGUAUAAAGAAGCAACACCUGGUGGAAGUCCGUUCCAUGGGCAACCCGCCGGCCAUCGUCAAGGUGGCCUUGGAGUCCAUCUGUCUGCUGCUUGGAGAGAACGCCACCGACUGGAAGGCGAUCAGAGCUGUCAUCAUGAGGGAGAAUUUCAUCAACAGCAUAGUAUCCAACUUCUCCACGGAGGAUAUAAAUGACGAUGUCCGUGAAAAGAUGAAGACGAGAUAUCUCAGCAACCCCGACUACAACUUUGAGAAAGUGAACCGGGCCUCCAUGGCCUGUGGGCCUAUGGUCAAAUGGGCUAUUGCUCAGAUUGAAUAUGCGGACAUGUUGAAACGUGUCGAGCCGCUCCGCAACGAGCUCCAAGCUCUAGAAGACCAGGCUCAGACCAACGUGACUGCCGGCGACGAGGUCAGGGACCUCAUAGCGCAGCUGGAGAAGUCUAUUGCUUCGUACAAGGAAGAGUACGCUCAGUUGAUUAGCCAAGCGCAGGCGAUCAAGACUGACUUGGAGAAUGUGCAGGCUAAGGUUGACCGUUCAAUAGCCCUACUCAAGAGUCUGGUGAUCGAGCGCGAGCGUUGGGAGUCCAGUUCGGAGACAUUCCGCUCACAAAUGAGCACGAUCGUCGGAGACGUGCUACUGUCGGCCGCCUUCAUAGCCUAUGGAGGGUACUUCGAUCAGCACUACCGUCAAAACCUCUUCUCAACGUGGACAGCCCACCUCGGCGCUGCCAACAUAAAGUACCGGGCGGACAUAGCUCGCACAGAGUACCUCAGCAACCCGGACGAGCGACUGCGCUGGCAGGCCAACGCGCUGCCCACCGACGAGCUGUGUGUGGAGAACGCCAUCAUGCUGCGGAGAUUCAACCGCUACCCGCUGAUCAUUGACCCGUCGGGCCAGGCCACAGAGUUCAUAAUGCGAGAGUUCAAGGAGCGCAAGAUCACGAAGACCUCGUUCUUAGACGACUCGUUCAGAAAGAACUUGGAAUCGGCGCUGCGGUUCGGUAACCCGCUGCUUGUUCAGGAUGUAGAGAACUACGACCCGAUACUGAACCCGGUGUUGAACCGCGAGCUGCGCCGCACGGGCGGCCGCGUGCUCAUCACGCUCGGGGACCAGGACAUCGACCUGAGCCCCUCCUUCGUCAUCUUCCUCAGCACCAGGGACCCAACGGUAGAGUUCCCCCCGGACAUGUGUUCGCGAGUGACGUUCGUCAACUUCACCGUGACUCGUUCGUCGCUGCAGUCGCAGUGUCUGCACCGAGUGUUGAAGGCUGAACGACCGGAUAUUGACACCAAGCGGUCUGAUCUGCUUAAGUUGCAAGGCGAGUUCCAUCUGCGUCUGCGUCAGCUGGAGAAGUCUCUACUACAGGCGCUGAACGACGCCAAGGGCAAGAUUCUAGACGACGACUCUGUGAUCGCGACGCUCGAGACGUUGAAGAAGGAGGCCGAUGAUAUUGGACAGAAGGUGGAAGAGACUGACAAGGUCAUCGCUGAAAUCGAAACCGUUAGCCAACAAUAUCUGCCGCUGUCUCAGGCAUGCAGCAGCAUCUACUUCACAAUGGACUCUCUCAACCAAGUGCACUUCCUAUACCAGUACUCUCUGAAGAUGUUCCUGGACAUGUUCAGCUCGGUGCUGGCGAGCGGGCGGCUGGCCGCGCUCAGCGAGCACACGGCGCGCCUGCAGCUCAUCACCGAGGACCUGUUCUCGGUGGUAUACGAGCGAGUAGCCCGCGGCAUGCUGCACACGGACCGGCUCACCUUCGCCCUGCUCCUAUGCCGCAUCCACCUCAAGGGCACGUCCGAACAUUCACUGGAGCAGGAGUUCGGGGUGCUACUGCGCGGGAAGGAGGGCUCCGUGUCUGUGUCCGCGCCGAUAGACGGCUUGACUCAGGAGCAGCACGACGCGGCGUCCCGGCUGGCCACUAGACUAGUAGCAUUCCGUCGGCUCCUCGAGAAGGCAUCACAAAUGCCGGAACUCUCCGCAUGGCUGGCCCAAGCGGCGCCGGAGCAGUGCGUCCCGACCCUGUGGGACAGUGACCCAGCCAACCCGCCGCCGGCCCAUACUACCGCUAUGUAUAGACUGCUGCUUAUUCAGGCAUUCCGCGCCGACCGAGUCAUCGCGGCCGCCUCCCAACUCGUCACCUCCGUGCUCGGAGCCAACUUCAUGCCGACAGCAGAAACAGAGCUGGAGCUGAGCAGCAUCUGUGAAUCGCAGCUCAACGCCACCACGCCGGCGCUGCUGUGCUCCGUGCCGGGCUACGACGCCAGCGGUCGCGUCGAUGACAUGGCCACGGAACUAAACAAGCCUUUAUCGAGCAUCGCCAUUGGUUCUGCGGAAGGGUUCAACCAGGCCGAGCGAGCCAUCAACACGGCUUGCAAGACUGGACGCUGGGUGAUGCUAAAGAACGUGCACCUCGCUCCCGUCUGGCUCGUCCAACUAGAAAAGAAACUGCACUCGCUCCAACCGCACCCGCAGUUCCGUCUGUUCCUGACGACGGAGAUCAGCCCCAAGCUGCCGGUGAACCUGCUGCGCGCGUCCCGCGUGCUGGUGUUCGAGCCGCCGCCCGGCAUCCGCGCCAACCUGCUGCGGACCUUCGCCACGGUUCCGGCAGCGCGUAUGAUGAAGGCGCCGUCCGAGCGGGCUCGUCUGUACUUCCUGUUGGCCUGGUUCCAUGGCAUCGUGCAAGAGCGUCUCCGCUACGUGCCGCUGGGCUGGGCCAAGUACUACGAGUUCAACGAGUCCGACCUGCGAGUCGCUUGCGACACGCUCGACACGUGGAUCGACGCUACUGCCAUGGGCCGCACAAACUUACCCCCAGAGAAGGUCCCGUGGGAGGCGCUAGUCACUCUCCUCUCGCAGUGCAUCUACGGAGGCAAGAUCGACAACCUCUUCGACCAGCGCCUGCUGCAUAGCUUCCUCUGCAAGCUGUUUACGCCGAGGUCUUUUGAGGCUGACUUCGCGUUGGUGGCUAAUGUUGAUGGGGCGACCGGCAACCAGCGCCACAUCACGAUGCCGGACGGCAACCGGCGCGACCACUUCCUCAAGUGGAUCGAGGAGCUCUCCGACAGACAGACGCCGUCGUGGCUCGGCCUGCCCAACAACGCUGAGAAGGUGCUGCUAACGACUCAAGGCAGCGAGCUGGUGUCGAAGCUGCUCAAGAUGCAGCAGUUAGAAGACGAAGAGGAGCUCGCGUACAACGCCGCCACGCUGGACCGCGACCCAUUGUCAUUGGUGGUGGAAGGCGACGGCAGGCCCGCCUGGAUGAAGACCCUGCACCUGACGGCCACCAACUGGCUCCAGAUGUUGCCCACGGAAAUACCGACGCUCCGCCGCACCGUGGAGAACAUCAAGGACCCGCUGUACCGCUUCUUCGAGCGCGAGGUGGCGGCCGGCGCGUCGCUGCUGCAACAAGUGUUGCACGACUUACGCAAUGUUAUCUCUAUUUGUCAGGGCGAGAUGAAGCAGACCAACGAGACGCGCGCGAUGGUCAGCUCGCUAGUCCGCGGCAUGCUGCCGGCGGGCUGGCGGCGCUACGCCGUGUACCGCGGCUGCACCGUGCAGCAGUGGGUGGGCGACUUCGCCACGCGCGGCCGCCAGCUCGCCGCCGUGUCCGAGGCCGUGGCCGAGCGAGGUGCCAAGAGACUACAGAACAUCCCGGUGUGGCUGGGCGGUCUGCUGAACCCCGAGGCGUACAUCACGGCCACGCGCCAGUGCGUCGCGCAGGCCAACUCCUGGUCGCUUGAGGAGCUGCAUCUGCAGGUGACGAUCCCGGACCCCGGCACUCCGGCCGACAACGCUCAAUCGGAGUGGUCCUUCUCAGUGACGGGGCUCAAGCUGCAAGGAGCCACCGUCAAGGGAAACAGGCUGCUGUUGACCAACACCAUCAUGGUGGACCUUCCGCUUACUGUGCUCACUUGGAUACGCGGUCCAGAGGACCCUUCAGCCGGGGCGGGCGGCAACUCUCUCACACUCCCAGUAUACCUGAACUCGGCCCGCUCAGAGCUUCUCUUCACGGUGCGACUGCCGGUAGCGGCCGGGCAGGAGCCACACGCCUUCUACGAACGAGGCGUGGCUCUACUCACGUCUACUGCUCUGAAUUAGACAGGGUUUGUUGGGUGAAUGUUGCUUGUGUGGUGUAAAAUGUGCAGUUAUGAAUUUUCAAAAUGUGUCAAGGAGUAAAGGCAUGAUUUAAAAGGAUUUAAGAGUAUGAAAGUUGCAAGCAAGUUUACCGAUUGAAUUUAAAAUGGAAUGUUGAGGACUAGAAAUAAAAACUGGUUGUCGGAUAACAUACCUAUUAGGAAAGUUAAUUAAUCGUUUAGUAAAGUGUAGUGCACUUUUAUUCACAUGCUUGUUGUAUUGACAGUAUACUUAAAUAAUCACUUCCUGGUUCGAAGUUAAUGGAAUUUAUAUAUUUACUAUUUAUAUUAAUUUACUAAGCGAAAAUGUGCUAAUUAAAUUUAAAUGCUUGUAAUCGUUAUUAUUUAUCAGAAAAUAUACGAUCUUUAUUUAAUCA